AUGAACGCCCAACUCAAAGACAGCGCCGCGACGAGGGCCCGCCCGCCCCCAUUUAAUCCCUUUGCUCACAGGACCCCGGCGGUCCCCAAUGGCGAACUUCCCGAUGACGGCCUCGACCCAACCCCCAUGACACCAGCCGAUCAGAUAUAUGCCCACUUCGGGGUCGUCCCGCUUUCGGCCAAUCUGGCCACUCAUUUCAAAUUGAUGCCUCAGGCACAACAAAACAGCAUGUUAUUCUCCAUGCUCGGAGCCAUCCUUCAGCGAAACAACCCCGGCGCCCCUCCCGCAGGGGAGGCCGCCCCCCCCAUUGUCCUCAGCCAGGCGGAUCAAGUCCGAAUAUUUGAGUAUCUCCCAGCUGUCAAGGUCAGUCAACCCCCCGCCCCCUGCUCCCCAAUGCAUCUCCCGCCCGCACUAACAUCCACCAUAUUACCCCGGACCCAGGAAGUCAUGCAAGAAGCGGCCCGCGACGCCAUGAUGAUCAGCAAUGUCAAAGCGUACACCAGAGACACCCAAGAACGUUCUCUAUUCCGCAUGGUCAUGAACUCACUUCGCCAACGGCCCGCGCAAUACCAGCGCACCCACUUCCCACCCCAAUUUUUAGCACACAAACGCGCGGCCCUCAAUCAUGUCCAAACUGAGGUGAGGAGGCAGAUAAAAAAUGUCCGAUACAUGGUGCGCAAUCAUGCGCUCACCGGUGUUGUCCUCGGUCAUGGACACACCGUCCUGCCCGCGAUCCCAACCUUAGAUGACUAUGCCCGUGAGCUGUGGAGGUUCUUAAUGGGCACAACCACCAGACUCACGGAUUCUCAAGUCGACACCACGCUGGCACACAACCCCCAACUGAAGGCGCGAUUCACGUACAUACGACUGGCGACCAUGUCGAAUCAUUUCGACCCCGCCGCAAGGACAAUCUUGCAUUGGGAUCAGAUUGACGCGCAGCUCAACGCCAACAGACCACGAAGCAAAGAUUAUGUGAAUGCGUGGACCGUACUCGUAGUUGAGAAGGAUCACAAGAUGUUUGGCUCUUCCCCCCUGGUAGAUGAGGUCAACAAGCUCAGCUGCCGGUGCCCGACUGAUGCCGAGGUGACUGCGCAGGUGGCGCUUAUGGCAUGA